GCGAUAACCCGACGUUAGGCGCGGGGAAGAGCAGGCCGUUGACGUUAGGACUAGGAGUUAACUCGCCAACAUCUGACACUGUGACUUGUUUUUGUAGUCUCUGUACGGUUGCAUUUGUCUGGAAAUACUUGCUCAGCAUGGAGACAUCCCAAUCGCCCCCUAAGCAUUGCAGAACAUACUCCCAGGAGGACCUGAAGAAGGCUGUCAAAAAGUACCUGCUCAGCAUGGAGACAUCCCAAUUGCCCCCUAAGCGUUGCAGAACAUACUCCCAGGAGGACCUGAAGAAGGCUGUCAAAAAGGUGAAGAAGAAAAAGAUGCCUUUGGCAGCUGCUGCAAGGAAAUAUAAUAUCCCUGAGAGAACCCUUCGUGACAAGGUUUUUGGACGUUAUUUCAAGAAAGAUAUGAAGAAGGACACCAACAAGGACACACCGUCACCAUCGACCAACCAAUACGUUAAAGAAGAAGGUGAUGAGAAACCACAACGGGUCAAAAAGCGCAGUGUAGGCUAUACACAGGAAGAUGUUGAGGAAGCUGUCAGAUUGGUCAAGAAGGGAGAGGUGACUUUAGGUGCGGCUGCGAAGGAAUUUGAUAUUCCCAGAACCACACUUCAUAACAAGGUUUUUGGACGUACUGCUGUUAUGUGUAGCACCGGGAGGGCCUCCUUCCUUACAGCUGCAGAAGAAGCCCAGCUUUCAAAUUGGGCUCUGGAGAUGUCCGACAAGGACAUGCCGUCACCAUCACCCAUAAACCGAAGUGAUAAAGAAGAAAACCCAAUAGCAGUUGAUGAGAUAAGGGUCAAGACGCGCCGUGUACGCUAUUCACAGGAAGAUAUGGAGUUAGCUAUCAGAACGGUCAAGGAGAAAGAGAUGACUUUAAGGGCGGCUGCGAAAAAAUUUAACGUUCCCAGAAGCACACUUCAUGACAAGGUUUUGGGACGUACUCCUGUUCAGUGUAACACCGGGAGGGCCCCCUUCCUUACAGCUGCAGAAGAAACCCUGCUUUCGAAUUGGGUUCUGCAGACGUCCCGCAUCGGUCAAUGUCCAUCUGAGAAGGACAUUAUUCAGGUGGUAAAGGAGAUUAUUGACGACGAUGGCCGUGAGACUCCUUUCAAGAACAAUCAGCCAGACGAAAAAUUGUUCAAUCUUUUCCUGAAGAGGCAUCCAGAGCUUGCUCCUGGGACUCCUAUACUAAAGUCUAAAGUGCCAAACCCUAACUUUGUUUCUCCAGCAUUGCACGAACACUUAACAGUGCCUCUUGCCUCGGACAGCCCUCGCAUCAAGAGGGAGAACAUUGAUGAAACCGACGAAUUCUCGAAUGGUGUCAGAUUAAAGACCCGCAGGGUGAAAAAGUCCAAGCAGACAGGAGAAGAGAAGAGGAGAAAAAAGAAAAGAAAGAUUAUUACCAUUGUUAUAAAGGGCAAUAAAAAGCCAGGGGUGGUAUCCUGAGAUCCAUUUUAUCUGAGAUGAAAUAAAAUAUUUUAUCUCCGUUAAAAUCAGUGAGAUAAAAUACCCUUAAAAU